UGCAAGUAUAAAAAAUUUAUUUUGUUUUAAACCUUAUGGCAACGUCGGCUAUAAGUCACAUUCAAUAUAAUAUUUAAUAAUAUCACUUGAAUCUAAAUAGAAAGGAUUAGGUACACAUUAUUAUUGUGCGUUUGUAGUGUAUAUCGUUUUCACACAGAAACGGAAUAAACUUCAAGUGAGACACGUCAAACUUGAAGAUUAUUUGGUUAUUGCUCAUUAAAUGUUUUAUGGUGGUUUUUUUGUGACUAAACAGUGUGAUUAAUACAAUUAAAUGGGUACAUUAGAAUUAUUUGAUAACAAUCUACAGCCGUGGUACAGUAUAAGAACACAAUGCUCACAAGCGUGAUUCCGUCUAAUUAACAUUAACUCGUUCCUAGGAAACUAACUGGAUAAAAAUCAUUUAGUUCCAACGUUACUAUAAUUAAUUAUACUGAAUUACGUUACAUCUCAUAGUUUAUACAAUUUUCAGUUUUCUAUACAAUCGUUACUGUGGUGCUAAUAAAUAAUAGUGCAAGAUUACGAAAUAGGUAUUGUAAAUGACAGUAUAACUCACUUACUCGUUUACUUAUUGACAUUUUACUCAAUUUAAAGUAUUAGAUAUCACCGUAGAGUAAGAAUAGUAUCAUUUAUCAAUUUUAAAAACAAAAAAUUAUUAAUAUAUAGUUCAUAAACUUUAAAAUUAUACGAAAUAUAAAUUUUGCUUUUCCUUAUAUGGUAAUCCUGGCGAACUCGGCACUUAUCAAGGAUAUGCUUAUCAUCAGUAUUCGGACAUAUCGGGUUUCUGAAUAAGUAAAAAAUAUUCAAAGCGAUUAUCUGCAUUUUUAUAGAUAUAAACAGAACAUUUCGCCUUAGAUUUUUUUUAUAACAUUUUCAUUAUUGUUUAGGAAUUUAAUAUUAAACUCGUUACAUCGUCGUUAACGUUGGUCUAUUCAUUAAUUAACUCUUUACUAUACAGUAAAGUAUCAGAUACAACAUGUCUUAUUCAAAUAGUGAGUCAUCUUCAACAUAAUUUAUUUAGGUACAUUAAAAUAAUUUUUUUAUUCAAAUCAUUAUUUUAUUUUAGAGUACAUAUAUUCAACACUACCACGUACCCAACGAGGGCAGCCUAUAGUUUUGGGUGGUGAUCCCAAAGGAAACAAUUUUUUAUAUACAAACGGUAACAGUGUUAUUAUACGUAAUAUUGAGGUGAGUCAAUAUUUGUUUAUUAUUUUUAGUUAACUGAUCUUAAAAAUUCUUUCAUUUUAAUAAUUUAUACUUGUAUAUCUAACCUUAUUCAAGAAUCCUGCAAUAUCAGACAUUUACACUGAACAUUCAUGCGCUGUAAAUGUUGCCAAGUACUCUCCUAGUGGAUUUUACAUAGCUUCUGGUGGUAUGAUGAUUAACAACACAAAUUUGUUAAAGAAUUAACUACUAAAAUAAAUAAAUUAUAGAUCAAUCUGGCAAGAUCAGGAUUUGGGAUACUGUAAAUAAAGAACACAUAUUGAAAAAUGAGUUCCAUCCAAUCGGUGGCCCAAUUAAAGAUAUUGCUUGGUCUCCAGACAAUCAACGCAUGGUGGUUGUUGGUGAAGGUCGAGAAAGGUAUGUUAAUACUGAAUAUAUUCAAAUUAAUUUGUAUUCUAACAUUUUAUUUGUAUGUUUAUAGAUUUGGUCAUGUAUUCAUGUCAGAAACUGGUACCUCGGUUGGUGAAAUAUCAGGUCAAUCUAAGCCAAUAAAUUCGUGUGAUUUUCGACCUAGUCGUCCAUUUAGAAUUGUAACUGGAAGUGAAGAUAAUACAAUUGGUAUUUUUGAAGGGCCACCAUUUAAAUUCAAGAUGACCAAACAAGUACAUUUUAUUAAUACUAUAAUAAUUUGAUUUAGUUUUAAUUUUAAUCUACUUUAAUAAACUGUUUAUAUUUCAGGAGCAUUCAAGGUUUGUUCAGGCAGUACGGUUCUCGCCAAAUGGUAAUUUUUUUGCAUCAGCAGGCUUUGAUGGUAAAGUAUUCUUGUAUGAUGGUACUAAUGCUGAUCUUGUAUCUGAAAUUGGUAGUCCAGCACACAAAGGAGGAGUUUAUGGAGUAAGAAAAUAAUACACAAGUAUAUAAAAUAAUAAUAAUUAUUCAAUUAUUAUAAUUUUUCAAUAAAACAUUAGGUUGCUUGGAAUGCAGACAGUACACAAAUAUUAACAUCAUCUGGUGAUAAAACUUGUAAAUUGUGGGAUAUAGAAACUAAAUCUGUGGUCAGUGAAUUUGUGAUUGGAAAUCAAGUAGAGGAUCAACAGGUUUGAUUUUUUUUUUUACAAUUAAAAACAAAUAUCAUUAUAUAUUUUUACUAGGUGUCUUGUUUGUGGCAAAACAAUUAUUUAUUAACUGUCUCUUUAAAUGGCUUUAUCACUUAUUUGGAUAUCAAUAAUCCUGAAAAACCUAUACGAAUUAUCAAGGUAAUUAUAGUGUUUCAUUUUCUUCAUCUAAACUAUGUGUACUGUUUUAUAACAAAACUUUUAAGAAUUUUAUGUAUGAAUUGUAAUUCGUUUUAUAAUGUUAUCUGUCAAGUGUAAUAUAACUCGAUGUUUUUUUUAAAAAUAUUUUAUUUUCAAUAAUAUUAAAUAUUUAAAAAAAAAAAAGUUGCAUAUUAGAAAGUACAUUUUCAUAUAAUUUAAAUAAUUAUAUGAAAAUGUAAUCCAGCAAUUGUUAUUUUGUUUAGGGUCAUAAUAAACCAAUUACAGUGUUGGCAUUAAGUCCAGAUCGUAGCACUAUUUAUACUGGUUCUCAUGAUGGAAACAUUACAAAUUGGAAUGCUGCAAAUGGUAAUUAUAAAGUAUUAAUAACUUUAUAUAUGUAAUAUUAUAUUGAAUGAUUAUUGAAAUGAUUCCUAUUAUGGGAUUUAUUCAAUGUAAGUAAAAAAUAAUAAUAUUAUUUCUGAACUUAGGUGAAAAUGAUAGGGUAUCCGGAGUAGGUCAUGGCAAUCAAAUAAAUGGAAUGAAACUAGACAGUGAAUAUUUGUAUUCUUGUGGAAUUGAUGACAGUCUUAGGCAAGUGGAUGUUAAGUCCAAUUCGUACACAGAUUUGCAAGUUAAAUUAAACGCUCAACCACGAGGAAUGGAUUUUAAUAGUAAUAUACUUGUCACAGCUACCAUUAAAGAGGUUUGAAAAUAACAUUGAUAUUAUUAAAUUAGUACUUAUUUUACAAUAAGAAUAUUCUAUUUAGAUUAUUGUAUUAAAAAAUGAAAAAAAAGUUUUCAAUUUGCCAGUGGACUAUGAACCUUCCGCUGUAGCUGUUAGUCCAGAUGCCAGUUAUGUUGCUGUUGGAGGUGCUUUGGACAAUAAAGUCAGUAUUUGAACUGUUUAACUGCCAUUACACUAAAUUAAUUAAUUAUGUUUUAACAUUAUCACCAGGUUCAUGUAUACAAGUAUAACGACUCUAAUUACACUUUGGAAUUCACAGCAGAGUGUGAACAUUUAGGACCAAUUACAGACUGUUCUUUCUCACCGGAUGGAGAGUAUUUAGUAGCAAGUGAUACUAAUCGUAAAGUUAUUUUAUAUAAAGUGCCUGAAUUCAACGUAAGUGAAGUUAAAUUAUCCAAUAUUUUUAUAAAUCGUCUAAAACAAAUAACUUUGAUUUAUUAAUAUUAUAAAAAUAAAAAUAUGGUAUGCAAUUACAAAUACAACUAACAAUAUCUAAUGUUACAAUUUGUCUCAUAUUUAUAAUUAAUAAUAUAUAUAUAAUAAUAUAUUUAAUAAUUUAAACAUAUUUAUCUUCAGUGAUUGGAUAAUUUAUUUAAAUAAAAUAUGUAUGUUGUUGGUUAAUUUUGAGUUUUACUUUUAGCUGGCACAUAAACAAGAUUGGGGUUUUCAUAAUGCACGUGUCAACUGUGUUGCCUGGUCACCAAACUCUAAACAGGUAGCUAGUGGAAGUUUAGACACUACAAUCAUUAUAUGGAGUGUUUCUUUGCCAAACAAACAUACAAUAAUUAAAAGUUAGUAUAAAAAAAUACCAUUAACAUUGAAUUGAAAUAAUAUAAAUAAAAUUAUUUUUGUUAAAUAAAGAUGCUCAUCCUCAAAGUCAAAUUACACGUGUAUUGUGGUUAGAUGAUGAGACUUUAGUAUCAGUUGGACAAGAUUGUAACACAAAAAUCUGGAAUGUUACUCCAAUUUAAAUGUGGAAUACUAAGUUAAAAAUAUACAUUUAUUUAUUUAUUAUUUUAGAAUAUUAUUUAACUAACCAAUCUUUUUUUUUAUAUAUAUAAAUAAAAUCAAAAAAUAAAAAUAUUGCACUUUCAAAUAAAUGGCGUCCUAUUAUUAUUAAAAAGAAUUAAGUUAUGAUUUGCCAAUAGAUUUCAAUUAAUUUAAAAUAUAUAUGUUGUUUUUAAGAGUGUUUAUUUUAUUAACCUUUUUAUAUUUACCUGUGAUUUUUAGUUUUCUAAAUAUGAUUUAUAUUUUUAAUAUAAAAUAUAUAUUUAUUUUUCUAAUACUAUGUAAUAAACAAUAAUUAAUUUCCUACUUUAAAAAUGUUUUUUUUCUUUAAUAUGUUGCUUAAAUAAUGUGUUAUCAUGGAAGAACAUUUUUACUUGGUAAUAUAAUGAUCAGUAAAAACAGUUUGCAAUCACGUUUCGUCAAGUAUUUUAUAUAAUUGGCUAAAAUUGUUUUCCAUAUUCUCAAUUACUUCAGUCUGUUUGGGUGUAAGUUUUUGUCUAUGAUCCUUUGGUGGUUUUGGCAUUUUAUGUUCUAGGCAUGGCAACGGUUCGUUAAAAAAAUAAGGAUGUAGUAAUGCCUGAAAAAUUAAUUUCAAUAGCUUAGCUAAUACAUUUUAUCCUUUGGUUUAUUUUAG